GUCCCACGUCAUCAGUCUCCAGUCAGGAAGUGUUGAAACCGCUGGUUAAGGCGAAGGUACUGUUGUGCUUUCUUUUUGCACGCCAGGACAGCACACUGUUACAUCUGCCAGAUCCAGCAUCCACUUCAGCUCUGAAGCCAGCUGAAAUCCCACAAUGCCCCUGUUUCGGACUUCAGGUAAACGGGGUGGGGCAAAGGCUCCACCUGGGAGGAAGAGGCUGGGGGAUAUGGAGUGGACUGGAGGCUGCUGGAAGACAGAUGAAGAUGGCCCGGUCCUUUCGUUAAGAAAGCUGUCUCUGCUAAGUCUCGCAGACAACAUGAAGGAAGUCUGGGCGAAAGACUAUGCCAAUAACUACCUGGAUCAGUAUUCAUUCAGAUACAUCAUGGGGCCUUUUAACUUAUUGACGGGCGAGCUGGUUGAGGAGCUGGUGUGGCUGCUGUGCAACAGAAAGCAGUUGUCCCGGGCGGCCCUCCACCUCCUGUUGGUCCCCCAGCUCCGAGGUCUAUCUCUGGAAAGUUGCCCUGCUUUGGUCACUCCAGUAAUCUGUACGCAUAUUGCUGCACGUUGCCAGGAUCUGUGGAGCUUGAACUUGUCUGGAGCCCAGCAGCUACCUUCAAAAGUCCUUUCUGAAACCCUCCACAGUCUACCUGCUUUACGCUCCCUCUCCCUGGCUGGCAUGCCUUGUGACAGACGUGUAAUCAGAACAAUUGCUCAGCGUUGCCGUUUGUUGCGGCAUUUAGACGUAUCCCGCUGUCAUUUGCUUUCUCCAGGUGCACUACUUCCUCUUGGAGGUGGGGCUUUCUGCUCAUCCUCUGGGAGUCCAGAGCAAUCUUGGUGUUCUGUUUCCAAUUCUUGCUCUGAUCAGUCCUCCUGCUUUCCUGUAACCCUAACUCCUCUUCCCCUCAGAAGUCUACUAGCUCUGGAUAUUGGGUUUGGGGUACAAGAGGGAGACCCUGUGGCUGCUGCAGCCUACCUUCUACUCUCUCUCCCCUCCCUAGAAAGAGUGGCCAUGGAGGGCAUUGAAAAGGCCUGCCGUCUCAUCGAGCAGAGAGAGUUCAGCCUGGCAGAUGAGUUUACAAAUAGGGAAGGAGUUGCCACGCUGAAGGAGGUUUGGCAGGAGAUAAGGGACAAGCAGGACAGGGAUAAUUUGAGGAUGAGGAUAGAAAAAACGACAGUGGAUAGAGAAUAUGAGGAUGAAGAGGAGGAGGGGAUAUUCUUGGAGGAGUAUAAGAGCGAGAGUGAGGAAGAUGCAAGUAGAGAUGAAGUGUCUUCUUGCUCUCACAGCCAGUCAGUGGGAAGAAAGAGACAUUUGUCACAGUCAGACUUUGCCCUGAAACUGAGGGAUGUCAAGGGCUUAACUUGUGACUCUCUGGAUAGUUUAGGCCGUUUAUGUCCAGGCAUUUGCUGCAUGGCUGUGAAUGUUGAUCCCAGUGAAGACACUAGAGGAAGAAGCAAGGUAUCUCGGUUAGCUGUGGACCUUGAGGCCUGGUCAGGGCAGCUGCAGAGGCUCUCAGUCCAAUUUCCAGGCAACCUGGCCGAUCUCCUUCCUACUCUGUUAGUUGCAGGGUCCUCUCUGGUUUCUCUCACGCUUGAAGGGGUAAAAACCAACUCCUACACCAGACUCUCACCUGUCAUCAGGGCCUGUCCCAGACUCAGAGACUUGCUUAUUUCUGCUGAGCCUCCUCCCUCAUUCCUACAAAUGGAACACGAAGAGGAUCAGCAGGACAAUGGAGAUCUUCCAUGUCUGCCUAACCUCUGCUCUCUCACACUCAGUUUCUCCUACGAGCACAGCCAAAUAAAGCCUGCCAUGUUCUGGACCUCCCUAAUGAGGGUGCUCAGGUGCCUCCUGACCAGUUCUCCGUUACUGGAGAAGCUGUCACUGGUCUCCCUGCCAUGCCCCCUGGACUACACUUUACAGAACGUGCUACGCGCAGAAAACUUUGACCUGGGCGCUUCUGCAGAAUCCACGGGCUCACCUCUCUUGCCACUUGAAAGGUUACAGCACAUUGACCUGCAGCGGACAGAUGUGAAGAUGACUACGGUGAAAAGUUUAUUACAGCGGAGCAAGAGACUCAAGUAUGUGGAUGUGAGUUCUUGCUGGCAGAUCAGUUACUCCGAGUGGCUGGCCUGCAAAACCUCCAGUAAUGUUCAGGUUGUCUGGGCAUAGUGAAGAGAUUACCAGCUGCUUUAAAUACAGCAAAUAAAAAUACUGUGCACUUUUUAGAGUGAAUUUCUACUACAGCUCUGUGAGUUUUGGCAGGGUGGGAAUUUUAACAAAGACAGAGAUGAAUUAAUUUUAUCUUUUAGAUUGUUUUUGCACUCACAGAACACAGCAACACUUUAAUAUUUGUCUUAUAUAAAAAGAUGUUGGUGUUAUUCCAGUAACUUGGAUACAUUUCAAAAACAUACUGUAGAAUCUGUACCAUGUUAUAAAUUCUUUUAUCAUGCCUUUCAAACCUUAUUAGUCAAAAUAGAACUUGUGUGAAUUUUCAGUGGGCAAUGGGCUUAUGUUACAUUCACGUGAGAAACUGUAUUGUUUGUCUUUUAAGGUAAUUUAGUAAUCUGCACUAAAGAAAGCCAAAAAUGUCAACUUUCUCACCUGUCAUUGCCCCUCUGUUCAGCACUAAAUAAAUAAAUAGUGAUAUAUAGUAUUACCAAAGGAAAUUACAAGGUGUAAGUGUAAUAAUUCAUGUAGGAAAAAUGCAUUAAAUUGUUUGCACAUACACAAAAGUAUGUUAUAAAACUGAGUUAUUAAACCCUGCAGUAAUUACAGUGUGAGAAAAAGAAAUCAUUGUGAACAGAUAAUUACAAUCAUAUUACAGGACUCAAUGAUCAUCUGGGAUGUAGCUUAACAAGUAGCCUGAAUGUAAUUGCAUCACAAAAGAAAAAUAAUUCAAGGCCAAUAAAAAUCAGCUGUCCACCAGCUGUAGGAAAUGGAGUCUGAAAAAUGCAUUGCAUAAGAGAGCUAAAUGUACUUAAUGGAAACAGAAACACCAAGGGAGUACUGAAAAAACAGUCUGUCCAGUUAAUUUGAUUCAGAGCACUUCUUCUCAUCUUUCAGCUGCUCCCUUUAGUGGUCACCACAGUGGAUCAUCUGUCUCCAUCUCACCCUAGCUCUAGGUUCCUCCACUGUCACACCAACUUUCUACAUGUCCUCCUUCUCUACAUCCAUGAACCUCUUCUGAGGUCUUCCUCUGUUCCUCCUGCCUGGCAGCUUGAUAUUCUUUGUGAGAGAUCCACUCUCCCUCCUCUGCCCAAGUACAAACCAUCACAGCCUUGACUCUCUGUCUUUGUCUCCAAACUGUUUGACCUGGGCUGUCCCUCUGACACACUCAUUUCACAUCCUGUCCAUCCUGGUCACUCCACACAAAAAUCUUCUGUACUGUCUUCUUCACCUCUCUUGUGCACUGUCUGGUGCUUUGGAUGAUUGAUCCCAGGUAUUUCAAUUCAAUUUUAUUUAUAGAAAAUCACAACAGUCACCUCAAGGUGCGUUAUAUUGUAAGUUAAAAACUCUACAAUAAUUACAGAGAAAACCCAACAGUCAAAACAACCACCUUUGAGUAAACACUUGGUGACAUUGGGAAGGGAAAAACCUCUCUUUUAACAGGAAGAAACCUCCAGCAGAACCAGACUCAGGGAGGGGCAGCCAUCUGCUGCAACCGGUUGGGGCUGAGGGGAGAGAGACAGGACAAAAGACACAAUGUGGAAAACAGCCAGAGAUUAGCAAUAAGCAAUAAUUAAAUGCAGAGUGGUGUAUACACAAAGUAAAAAGAGGUAAAUGAAAGGUGAAUGGAAUAGAACAAAAAAUAGGACUUUAUGCAGAUGAUGUCAUAGUCUAUCUCGAACAACCAAGUAGAUCUCUACCUGUAUUGAUGUCACAACUAGGAAAGUUUAGACACGUAUCAAGAUAUAAAAUAAAUAUAAACAAGACACAAAUACUAACAUUGAACUACAAUCCACCAAAAGAAAUACUAGAGCGAUUUAACUUUAAUUGGAAAUUAAAGAAAAUUGACUAUCUAGGCAUCCAGAUAACAAAAAGAUUAUCUAGGCUGUAUGAAGCAAACUAUGACAAGUUGAAUUAAGAAUUACUAAAAGACAUUGAAAGGUGGACCAUUUUAUGGCUAGAUCUCAGCUCAAAAAUUGAAAUAAUCAAAAUGAAUGUUCUUCCAAGGCUUUUGUAUCUGUUCCAAUCCCUACCAGUAGAGGUCCCCCAAUCCCAAUUCAAUAGCUGGAAUAAAAUAAUAAGGUUUAUUUGGAAGGGCAAAAAGCCUAGAAUAAGACUGGAGACUCUUCAUCUACCAAAAGAGGAA